AUGCAACAGAUGUUGAAGGGUGUGUGUUGCAAAGUCUGGUGUAUUUGGUUCGAGAAAAGAGACCCCAUAUAUCACCAGAACUUCAAAGCUGUCGCUAUGAAUGCAUCGGUGGAAUUCCGUGGUUUGGUUUGGAUGGUUCUCUAUAUAUUGGAAGUGGCUGCUUUCACAGAGGAGAUACUCUUUGUGGGAGAAAGUUCAUGA